UAUGGCAUCACUGGUCUAGCGAAACCUAGGGAAGAUGCGGAGCUCAACAGACAACGGGCCCGGGAGGUCAGCGGCCAGCAGCUCGACUUGACCGCACCCGGCGCCAGCGCAAGAGGCACACCAACACAGCUGAACAUGCAUAGGUGACCAUGGGCCUGCAGCUGCUGCUGCUGAUGCUGCUGCUGCUGCUGCUGCUGACAUUGGUAGGCUGUGAGCAGCUGGCUUUCACACGCAGCUUGUAUGAGGCCAGUAUUCCCGAGAACCCCGAACCCAAGCGCUAUGUCCGGCCAAGCGAGAAGAUGGGUGUGCAUGUGGACAGCUCUCAUUUGCAGGUCCGCUACAAGAUUGUUGCUGGUGACAAGGAGCGGCAGUUCAAGGCCGAAAGCCGACUGGUGGGGGACUUCUGGCUCCUGCUCAUACGGGCGCGCACUGAGAGCACCAGCACCUUGAAUCGGGAAUAUGAGGACACCUACCAUCUUCGAGUGAAAGGCUCAGUGCACGACACAUUGCACUUGCGGCGCCUGCCUGAUGUUUACUGCGAAGUGCUGAUACGAGUGACCGACAAAAAUGACCUGAGCCCCUUGUUUUUUCCCACCUGGUACAAUGUGACGGUACCAGAGGACACACCCAUCCACAAUGUCGUGGUGAAGCUCAAUGCUUAUGAUCCAGAUAUGGGUGUCAAUGGAGAGAUCUACUACCGCCUGCUGGAACCCUCACGGCAGUUUGCAGUUCACCCAACGAUGGGAACAGUCUUGCUGACACGACCGCUAGAUUACCAGAAAAAACCUACCCACCAGCUGACUGUGGUUGCAGAAGAUAGGGGCCCCAAGCGCCAGAUGGGCAGCAUACUUAAGUCGAGCACAGCCCAAGUAGUAGUGCACACAGAAGCGGUCAAUAGGCACAGGCCGGCUAUCUUUGUGCGCCAUGUCCAUGCACUAGUGGAUGCUCCCGAUGUAUGGGCUGUAGUUGUAGUGACAGACGAUGACCCUGGCAUUCACGGCACCAUUGGUGGUUUGGCCAUCGUGGAUGGAGAUGCUGAGGACCGCUUUACUGUGGUGGCUGGCUCUCAGCCAGGAGAGUUUCAUCUGCGUGUUGACCCAGAGCGUCCACUGAGCCACAGGAGUUACACACUGACACUGCGAGCUUGGGACCAAGGUGUACCCUCUCAGUUUACCGAUGAAAAGGUUUCCAUCAGCCCUUUGGAGCUCACCAGUGAAGUGUUGGAGCACUCUCACUACGAGGCUGAUGUGCCCGAGGAGGCUCCUCCUGGUACUCCUGUCAUGCAAGUGAAAGCACGUGUGCCUGUUGUGUUUCAUAUAGAGUCGGGAAAUCAGGAUGGCCAUUUUGUUUUGAACACAGUUACUGGAAGGGUUAGCACAGCCAACUGGCUGGACCAUGAAGCGAAGGCCAACUACUCUUUGCAAAUUAGUGCCACCAGUAGUGCAGCUAGAGGCCGCCUUCAGGCUGUUGCCACAGUUACUGUACGAGUGCUUGACUGCAAUGACCAUGCACCUGUCUUUGACCUCAUGCCCGUGGAAGUGUCAUUGGAUGAAAAUAGACCAGUGGGAACCAAGAUAUUCACAGUUCAUGCUCACGAUGAAGAUGAGGCAGAAAAUGGCUAUGUGAGCUACAGCCUUGUGAACUUAAAUGCAGUGCCUUUUAGUGUUGAUCCAUUUAGUGGUGAGAUUUCCACAACUGAGGUACUGGAUUACGAAACCAUGCGGCACAGCUAUAUGCUUCGCAUCCGUGCCACAGAUUGGGGUGCACCGUACCAGCGUCAGACAGAAAAGGCCCUCCUUGUGACACUGAGAGAUGUCAAUGACCACCGGCCUCAGUUUGAGAAGAUUGACUGUGUUGUUCGUGUACUGCAGGAGGCUGCUGCUGGCACUCAGGUGCUCACACUGUCAGCCGUGGACUUUGACAAUGGUGGCAAAGGAAGGGUACACUACAAGAUGGACGCCAGCAGUGACAGUGCUUGCUUUCACCUCAACGCUAGUACAGGUGUGCUGAGCUUGGCAUGCAGACUGCAGCUGCCCGCUCAUGUGAAUGUGACGGCAACCGAUGGUUACCACUUUGCUGAUGUGAUGACUGUGCGGGUGCGUCCUGUGGAGCAGCAAGCUUCUGUGGAAUGCAAGGACGCCGGUGUCAUUGACAAGCUGCGCCGCCAACUGCAGAUCUCGGAGCAGCAGCAAGGCAAUGAUAACGGUGAAGUGACUGCGGCCAGUUUUCUAGAAAAUCGACAUAGUCCACUGCUCAGCUGGCCUGAGGAGCUGGCUGUGAACGAAAGCACACCACUGGGCUCAGUCCUAGGCUACAUCCAGGCCAAAGACCCAGAUCAUGGCUACAAUGGACGCUUGGUGUAUACCGUAUCCAGUGGGGACCAGCAUUCUUGCUUUCGUGUAGAUAUGCAUACGGGGGCACUGCUGCUGGUUGCUGCUCUCGACUAUGAGCUUGCACCAUCCCACCUGUUGAAUGUGACUGCCUACGAUCAAGGCCAGCCCCCGAGGUCAACUUCUCAGACCAUGUUUGUUCGGGUACUGGACGUCAAUGACAAUGCUCCGUUGUUUGAGAAGCCAGCCUACAGCUUUGUGAUCAAUGAGGAUGCUCCUAAUGGGACAUCUGUGGCCCGUUUGAGGGCAACAGAUGCUGAUCAGGGGCGCAAUGCAGAGCUGCAUUUCAUUCUCAGCUCUGAGCAGUUCCACUUGGACAGUGAGACUGGUCUCCUGACCGUAAAGGGGCCUCUUGACCGAGAGCGCCACGACCGACACUUGCUCACAGUCACGGUGGCUGAUGAGGCACUUGAGGAUCCACUUUCCUCCACGGCCACUGUCAGCAUUGUGGUGAGGGAUGUGAAUGAUAAUGCACCGCAUUUUGCACGAGCCCCCUAUGUGGUGAGGAUCCGUGAGGACCUGCCGAUUGGUGCUUUGGUGACUUCGGUGCAUGCUGAAGAUGCAGACUUUGGUGACAAUGGCAGAGUGCAGUACUCCUUGGAUGCUGAAAAUUUUGAUGUUGACCCUGAUACCGGUCUUGUACGGCUGGCUGCCAUGUUGGACUUUGAAACAUGGCGGCUGUACAAUGUGACUGUGCAGGCUCAUGAUUGUGGGGAUCCACCUUUGACCACUGUUACAAACAUGAUUGUCGAAGUGGAGGAUGUCAAUGAGAAUCUGCACGCACCAUCAUUUGCUGAGCAGGUGAGCAGUGCCACUGUGGAUGAGAACCAGCCUCCUGGGACAUCGGUCACCACCUUGGCAGCUACAGAUGAAGAGGACAUCACUUACACCAUCACUGGUGGCAAUGGCUUGGGCAUGUUCACCAUAGACAACAACGGGGUUGUGCGCACCCACGUGUCACUGGAUCACGAGGCGUGUGCGCACUACUGGAUCACUGUGGUGGCCCGCGACCUGAGCCCCGUGCCCCUCGAAGCGUUUGUCGACCUGCACGUGGCCGUGCAUGACCUCAACGACCAAUUGCCCCUGACCGAGCUGCCAGCCUAUGCAGUGACCGUGGCUGAACACAGUGCAUCCGGUGCAGCCAUCCUCACCAUGACUGCACGGGACUCGGUCGAUUGGAGACUGGUGGACGACGCGGCAGGCUGCUUUGCCAUCGACCGUCGCUUGGGCACCAUAACCGCCGUCUGCUCUCUGGACCGGGAGGCUGAGGAACGACACAUGCUCGAGGUAGUGCUCGCUGACCAAGGGGAACCGCCACUGUCGUCCACAACCCAAGUGCUUGUCACGCUCACUGACAUCAAUGAUCACAAGCCAGUGUUUACACAGCCGCUGUACCGCUUUCGAGUUCUCCCAGCCAACGGUCAAGUGGAAGCGGUCCCCCUUUGCCAGGUGCUGGCUGUGGACCCUGAUGAUGUGAAUCUCACCUACUCACUGGUCAGUCCGGCUCAGUUCUCCAUCAACCCCAUCACAGGCCUGCUUCAUGCACAUGUGCAGCUACUCCCUGGGGACACCCAUGAGCUCAGGGUGCAAGCAUUUGACUCUGGAAGCUGGCCUGCAAGUGCACAUGUGCAGCUUUAUGUGGUCUCGCGUCCGGUGACCGUAGGAAGUGCACCAGUGGUCCACGAUGUAGAAGUCUCACCAACGCUGGAGACCGACCCUGUAAACCACCUUGUGGCCAUUGUGCAUGCCUCAGACCCAGAUGGAGAUGCCCUCUGGUACAGCCUGUCAGGUGGCAAUGAAGAAGGCAAGUUUAUGAUUGACUGUGAGCAUGGCUUCAUCAAGUUGGCAAGACCCCUGGAUCGAGAAAGAUGUGCCAGCUAUAACCUGACGGUGCAAGUCACUGAUGGUAGUGCCAAAGCCACAGCCAUGGUGCACGUGGAAGUGCUUGAUGCAAAUGAUAAUUGGCCUGUGUUCUCGGAGAGCCUCUACCAGGUGGAGGUGUCUGAGAGUUCUUCUCCUGGCACGGAGAUCCUGCAGCUGACAGCCACCGAUGCCGAUGAGGACCAGCGUCUCUUCUAUAGCAUCCACAAUAGUGAGCAGGUCAGGAGCAGCUCAUACUUUGUGCUUGACUCGGACACGGGUGUGCUGUCACUGGCCUUACCCCUCGAUCACGAGGCCUCUCAGCAGCACCUGCUCACGGUGGCAGUGCGGGAUUCGGGUGGACCUGUCACACGACGGGGCUUUGCUCGUGUUCGGGUGCUGGUGACAGACCACAAUGACCACGCUCCGGAGUUCCUUCAGGCGCGGUAUGAAGUGCGCGUCUCGGAGACGGCUGCCCCGGGCACAGCACUGGUGCAGCUUGGGGCCCUGGAUCGUGACCGAGGAGCUAAUGCCCUACUGACUUUUUCUAUAGCCUCAGGGAACAUGGGCUCCUUUUUUUCUCUGGACUCCACCCUGGGCCUGUUGACGCUUUCCCGGGAGCUGUCGCGGCAGACCGAGCCCGAAUUCUUUCUGACUGUGCGUGCUGCAGACCACGGGGAGCCACCCCUGAAUGCCACAGCUACGGUGCAUGUAGUAGUCGUCCCUGCCGACAAUGCACCGCCUCACUUUAUGCCCGCCGAGCAGACCAUUGAGGCAGCUGAAAAUGAGCCAGCUGGAACAUUCCUGCUGGCGCUGAAUGUGCGCAGCAGCUCAUCGGUCUUCUUCCAGCUGGAGGGUGCUGCCAACUACUUCCGGUUGGACCCCGUGACGGGUGUGCUCACCACGGGGGAGGAGGCCCUGGACUACGAGCGAGCGGCGGUUCACCGGCUGGUGGUGCAUGCCACUAACCUGGCUGGUACCACUGCCCUGGCUCGGGUAAGCGUGCAGGUGCUGGACUGCAACGACCAUGCACCGCAAUUCCGGCAACUGUUGUACCGAGGCACCGUGAGCGAGGCUGUUCCUGCGGGCAGCGCAGUGCUCAGGGGCAGCCAGCCGCUGGUGGUGGCUGCCCAUGACGAGGACACCGGCAUCAACGCACAGCUGACCUUCUCCAUUGUGGAGGCCUGGGCCCGCAGGCUGUUUCGCAUCGAUUCCAACACAGGUGCUGUGAGCUUGGUACAGCCCUUGGACCGGGAGCAGCAAGAUGAACACAACUUCACAGUGGCGGUGUGGGACCAUGGACAGCCCCAACAUUUUGCACAGCAGCCGGCCACUGUCAGCAUCCAUGUGUCAGACGUCAAUGACAGCCCUCCCCGAUUUGAGCAUGAGCUGUACAAUACGACACUCCUGCUGCCCACAUACAUUGGCGUACGUGUGGCACAAGUGGCCGCCCAUGAUCCGGACUUAGAAGGACCCAGCCUGCGCUACUCUCUGGUGGCUGGGGACCACGAAGGCCAUUUUGAGGUGCGACCAGACACUGGUGAAGUUGUGGUGCGGGAACCCAAUGGGCUGCAGGGCUUGUACCGCCUGCUGGUGUCCGUCACCGACGGUCGGUCCGAGACGGCCACCCUGGUCCUGGUGUCCAUUGGGCGGGCCAACGUGGGCCACCUGUGCUUUGCGCGACCACUGUGGGAGGCUGCCGUGCACGAGAAUGAACCAGCAGAGCAGCGCGUGCUCCUGCUGUCUCUGCUGGGUGCAGCAGUCGGGGAGCCCGUGCACUUCUCUCUGCUCACCCCGAGCGAGCACUUUGCCGUGGGGGCGCGCUCGGGCCUGGUGCGUUGCCUGGCACCGCUGGACCGGGAAGAGCGGGCUGUCCACGAGCUGGCAGUGGAGGCACGCUCGGCACUGGCAGUGGCCCAUGCCCUGCUACGGGUGCACGUGGUGGACACCAAUGACAAUGCACCCAUUUUCGUCAACCGGCCUUACCACUCGGUCAUUACAGUCAGUGCCCAGCCUGGAGAUCUCGUGUUCAAGGUGAAGGCCAUAGACCUGGACGAGGGCCCCAAUGGCCAGGUGCUGUAUUCCCUGCACGAGGGAGACACCCUGUUUGACGUCGAUGAACACUCGGGGGAGAUUCGACUGUUGCGCAGCCCAGGCCGCCCCGAUGAGCAUGCCCUGCUGCUGGUGGCACGAGACCACGACAGCGUGCGAAAGAAACUGAAGCGGACGGCGUUAUCCAUGACUUUGUUCGUUGCCCUAGCGUACAGCGGAAUAAGCAUGCACCAGGCGGACGGACCGCUGGGAGACUUCGCACGCAAAUACUGCAAGGCCGCGAAGACCAUGCCAAGAGGACAAAGACUUCGGCUGAAAUACCUGAAAGAGCUUUUGGACAAGGACAUGGAGAAAAUCCGCGAUGAUAUGCGAGAUGUGAAAGUGACAGCUGGGAGCUACCGUCAAGGGACAUCGCUGGUGGCUACCGACUGGAACAGCCACGAACUAUGGAGGCCAACAGAUCAGCUGACCAUCAUGGACAAGCUGAAGUUGAAGAGGACCACACGAAGGGCUCAGAACACGAAGCUAAUACAUGAGGCAAGUGCGCUACUUGAGAAUGAUAAUGCGACAGUGCGGCAGAUCGACUCGAUUUAUGAGAGGCUCAAGAGCAAUAACGAGGAGCUCAAGAAGAUUAAUGAUGAGAUGGAGAGCCACAUAAGUGACGAGGCAUUCGAGGCGGUCACGUGCUCCAAGCGGUCUGUUGACCUGAUCGCCUACAUCUGCGAGCUGACUGAAAAGGGAGACCUCAGUGUCCACGCCAAGUGGCGAGAGAAUCUUCGGCAACUGAAGGAUGAGAUUGAAACGCUGACGAAGGUGCUGUCGCCACUGCAGUCUCCACAGUGCCUCGCGCCGCAGGAAAACUGGCACGGAAUCUGCUCUCAACAAGUGUUGAGCGUAGUCACAGUGGCCAAGCGGCACUACCCCUACGGGAACCCUCCUUUGGAAAGCCACGCUGGUGUGGCAGUCAAGGUGACUGAUAAAGCCAUGCCCAGCUUUGGCCAGCAUUUCUACACUGCUUUUGUGGCUGAAAACAUGACGCCUGGAACAGCACUGCUGACAGUGGAAGCCAAAGGGGCCCAUCCGCUUGUCUUCACUUUGGCCAGUGACCACUUCGCCAUUGAUCGUGCCACAGGUGUGCUGUCCCUCGUGGAGCUGCUGGAUUACGAGAGUCAGCCACGACAUGAGCUGCAGGUGAGGGCCACUGACUCCGUGAGCGGUGCCCACUCUGAGGUGCCCGUCACCAUAAACGUGCAAGACGUCAAUGACUGUGCGCCACUGUUUGAGCAGAGCUGGUACAAUGUGAGUGUGUCUGAGGCCACCCCCGUGGCCAGUCCUCUUCUGGAGGUGCGUGCCAGUGACCGGGAUGGGCCCCAGCUGGAGCUCAGGCUGGCGACAGACUACGACACCUUCCUCCUGGAGGCACCAGGUGUGCUGCGACUGCGUGCGCCCCUGGAUCGAGAGGCACAGCCAGUGCAUCGGCUGCAGGUGGUGGCAUCGGACUCGGGCCACCCUGCACCACUGAGUAGCACGGCCCGCAUUUUCACUGUGAUCGACAUGAAUGACAACCCACCUGCCUUUGCACAGCCGGCCUACACUGCGGUCGUGGACCAGCGGUCUCAUAAGGGUCAAUUCAUCGCAAGGCUGCUCGCCAUGGAUCCUGAUGUCUCAGACCAGUUGUCCUAUGCUAUGGUUACUGGCAAUGAGGCACAGCUCUUUGCCAUCAACCAAUCAACAGGAGUGGUGACAGUGUCCAGUGUGCCCCCUGCGUGGCCUCCGGCUGGCUUUGAGCUGAACGUUUCCGUCACUGAUGGGGUGUACCAGAGCUACACUCAGUUGCGGCUGGUGGUCAGGGCAAGCAACGAGCACUCGCCCCAGUUCAGUCAGACUGUGUACGAGGCAGUGGUAGCUGAGAACCUGCCGGCGGGUGCUCGAGUGGCACAGGUGUCCGCCACCGACCCUGACCAAGGAGUGCUGGGCCAGCUGACGUAUGCCAUCCGCAGCCGCCACUGUGCACUGCACUUCCGCAUCAACAGCACCACAGGUGAGCUGGUGACCCAGGAGCCCUUGGAUCAUGAACGUCGCCACCUCUACGAGAUCCCGGUGUCUGCAACAGAUGGGGGUGGCCGGCUUGCAUUUGCUGUGGUUCGUGUGGCUGUUACCGAUGUUAAUGAUAAUGAGCCUACAUUUGGUGCAGCGGAGUAUGAAGUCAGCAUAUGGACCAACACCAGCGUUGGCACCACCUUGCUCAAGGUUCGUGCUUUUGAUCUGGACCAAGGAAACUGGCUGCGAUACAGCCUGCACGAAGCCCCAAGCAAUAUCAGUGCAAUAUUCAAUAUCACCCAUGACUCGGGAGAGCUUUACCUCAAGGCACCACCUAAAGGUGGUGGCGUGUUCCAGUUCUUUGUUCAUGUCAGCGACCAAGGUGAGCCACAAGCCCACUGGGCUGUGGCACCUGUCACGGUGGCUGUGGUGUCGCCACUGGAAGAGCUCCCUUCACUCGACGUUCCCACACGCGACCUCUUUGUUCAAGAGAGUGCGCCUCUGGGCAGCCCUGUGCUGGCACUGCCACCUGGCUCCACACUGACAGGACCCUCGGAGUUCAGCAUUGAUGCCCAAGGUAACCUGGUGGUGGCUGCACCACUGGACCGGGAGCAUCAGAGCACCCAUCAUUUAACCCUGCGCAAGGAGGUGUCUCGUGGCUUGGCCACAGCCUUUGAUGUCACAGUGCAUGUCUUGGAUGACAAUGAUUGUGAACCUGUGUUCGAUGUGUUGGCCUAUAAGACUGCAGUGGCUGAAAAUGCUGAGCAGGGCUGUGUGGUGGCUCGGCUGAUGGCACAUGACCUAGACUUGGUGCUGCGGAAAGUGACGUACGAAUUUUACGAGGACACUGACCCAGCAGCGGAAAUCUUCUGGGUGGACCCAUUGAGCGGGGUUGUCACUACUCGGGUGGCACUUGACAGGGAGGCCGUGCCUUUCUACAACUUCACGGUGAGGGUGCGUGAUGAUGGUCUCCUGUCCUCCUCAGCCUGGGUCUACGUCGAGGUGCUGGACGUCAACGACAACCCCCCUGUGUUUGAGCACUCCCGCUACCAGCUGCAGGUGCCUGAAGACGCCAUUGCAGGCACUGUGGUAGCCACCCUUCGUAUUGAGGAUGCCGAUCGGGAGACGGCUCCUGUUGGAUUUUACGUCCUCUCGGGUGACCCUGGCCAGCAGUUUGCAGUGCGAAGUAGUGGUGAUGUUUUUGUGCAAAGGCUUCUGGACAGGGAGGCACUGCAGAACUACACCCUCAAAAUGGUGGCCACUGAUGGCUUGCAUGUGGCCACAACUCAACUAGAAAUAACCGUCCUGGACAGCAAUGAUAAUCCACCCAUCUGUCUCAAGUCCAAGUACACGGAGCUCGUUUCAGAGAGCAUUGCUGUGGGCACUGCUAUCCUGACUGUUGAAGCCACUGAUGCGGAUGAUAGUAGCCAGCUGCACUUCUACCUGUCAGGCCAAGGAGCUGAAGACUUUGUUUUAGAUGCAAGCAGUGGUGUGCUGCACACAUCACGACCGCUGGACCGGGAACAGCGGCCACACUACUUCCUUGUUGCCCACGUUCGCGAUGUGGCUCGCUGGGAGUGGCAGUGCAACAGCAGCAUUGAGGUGUUGCUGAGCGACGUGAACGACAACCCGCCAGUGUUUCGCCAGAAGGCCUACGAGCUGGCCUUGCCUGAGGACACGCCGGCCGGCCGCCUAGUCGCCCACGUGCACGCCUUGGACCGCGACUUGGGUGUGAACCGGCGGCUGAGCUAUUCAUUUGUUCAAGCGGACGGCCAUUUCAGCGUGGAUGCGCACUCGGGGCUAGUGCGGUUGGAGCAGCCGCUUGACCGUGAACAGUGCGCUCGCUUCAACCUCACGGUGCAGGCCCAAGACCAUGGCCAGCCCCCACUGGCUUCCCGGAUGCACCUGUCGGUCACUGUGCAGGACAUCAACGACAGCCCACCAGAGUUCACUCAGCAGGUGUAUGCCGCUGCCGUGUCAGAAGCGGCUCCCGUUGGAUCGCCCAUCAGUGCGGCUGUCAAGGCCACCAGCCGUGAUGUGGGUGUCAAUGCUCAGAUCACGUACGCUCUUGUUGCUGGCAAUGAUAUGGGACACUUCAGCAUCGAACCCAAGACAGGUGUGCUGCGAGUGGCCCGCCCACUGGACUACGAAGAGACGCCCAGCUAUCAGCUAGCAGUGGAGGCUCGUGAUGGGGGCGAGCCACCGCUCAGUGCUCGUGCCUGGCUCAAUGUGUCCGUCUUGGAUGCCAAUGACAAUGCGCCCGUGUUCGGGGGACCCUACAGUGCCACCGUCACCGAGGACGCGUCCCCGGGUCAGCUUGUGAUACAGGUACAGGCCAGUGAUGCAGACAGUGGUGGCCAGCUGCGAUACACCUUGCUGCACCCAGGGCCCUUUUCCUUAGAUCCUGCCACUGGCCAGCUCAGUGUGGCAGGGCCUCUGGACCGAGAAACGGUCAGCAGGUACGUGCUGGAAGUGGAGUGCUGGGAUGGAGGCACACCCCCGUUAUCUUCUCAAGCCCUAGUGCACGUGGAGGUUCUAGACGUCAAUGAUCAUCCGCCACGUUUUGACCAGAGCAACUACACGGCCGUGGUUCACGAGGGUCGCCAGGCUGGCUGGACGGUGCUGCGUUUCUUGCUCAGUGACGCCGACUCACCGGUCCACGGACCACCGUUCCGGCUGCAAGUGGAGGAGACCUCGUUUUUCCGCAUCGAGGGCUACGAGUUGCAACUGGCCCGGCCACUUCCCCCCCAGUCGCGCCAUGAGUUGCGUGUGCAGGCCUACGACUCGGGCAGCCCACCUUUGGCAGCGGAGGCGCACGUCACUGUGUUGGCCAUCAAGAAGAGUCGCUUCAGGCCUCAGGUGCAGCCCCUGAACGUGCUCGUCUGCUCCUACUUGGACGACUUCCCUGGAGGGCUGCUGGGCACAGUGCAUGCCACGGACGAGGACCCGUACGACCGUGUCAGCCUGUCCCUGUCUGGGCCACAUGCUUCGCUGUUUGUGCUUGACCGGGAUGAUGGAACCUUACGUGCACUACCAGGCCUCGAUGCAGGCAGCUACGUGCUCAAUGUCACUGCUUCAGACAGCAGCACCCCUCCGACACAUGCACCAGUGACGGUGCAUGUAGUGGCUGUGUCCGAGGAGCUGCUCAAGGCUACCGUGGCACUGCGUCUCACAGGAACCACAAGUGCACGUUUUGUGGCCGCAGACCGGCGGCUGCUGCUUCGUGCUGUGCGGACAGCCCUGGGUGUUCGCCUGAGAGACUUGGUGCUGGUGAGCGUGCAGCCAGUGCCAGGGGAGGAGCAGCUGGAUGUGCUGUUGGCCGUUCAGCUCGAAGGCGGGCCCAUGCGAGCAGCCACUGUGGCGGCCAGGCUGCACGAGCGUCAUGUGGCCCUGGAGGCAGCUGCUGGGCUCCACAUUCACAUACUGCCACAGGGUGACCGGUGCCCUAGUCUGCAAUGUGUGCAUGGUGAAUGCCAAGACCGGCUGGUGCUGGACACUGGUGACAUCGUGGUUCUUGCUGCAGACGGCCACAGCUUGGUCUCAGCCCGACACAGUCGCCACACUGCGUGCAUCUGUAGCCCUGGCUUUGGUGGUGAUGCUUGUGAAGCAGCUGUAGACGAGUGUGCCCAGCAGCCCUGUGCUGCAGGCCGCCACUGUGUGCCAGAUGCAUCUCCCCUCGGCCACAGUUGCCAGUGUCCUUCUGGACGAAGUGGCCCCCAGUGCGAUGCCCGCUGCCAGGAGCCCAGCUGUUAUGAAGAGAAGCGGCCCAUCUCAUUUGGAGGCCAGAGCUACGCUCACUACGUGCUGUCACAAUCACUGGAUCGACGGCUCUCCUUCUCGGUGAUGUUGCGCACCCUGCACCCUAGUGGGACAAUACUGCACAUCUCGGGACCACGGGACUAUGCCAUCCUUGAGGUAUCCGGUGGGUAUGUCCAGUACCGCUUUGACUGCGGUAGUGGUGAGGGCCUGGUGCGUGUGGCUGGCCGCCGUGUGGACGAUGGCGUCUGGCAUGCACUGCGCCUCGAGCGCCGUGGAGGCAGUGCGCAGCUGGCAGUGGAUGCACAGUACAAAGCCUCGGGUUCGGCGCCAGGGCCCCACGAUGUGCUGAACCUCGAAGGCCGUGAGCUGCACUUGGGCGGGGCACCCGCUGUGGCGGGCCUGGUGGGCUGCCUGGACAAUGCUCAGGUGGGCAGUCUGCCACUGCCACUGCACCUGCGCCCAGCUGGCCAUGCCCAGCUACGUCGAUUGGCCAACGUCCACUUCUCCUGCCACCUGGUGGACGCCUGUGGCAGCCAGCCUUGCCUCAACGGGGCCACCUGCCGACCCCUGCUCACCACAGGAUACAGCUGCACAUGCCCGGCACACUUUCAGGGCCCACAGUGUGAGGAGCCAGUAGCCGAGGGUCAGUGCACUGAUGGAGUAUGUGAGCCAGCCAAUUGCCAAGCCAAGCCGUGUCUCCAUGGUGGUGUCUGCCAACCCGAUGGUCGCUGCCACUGCCUGGCCUCCUACAAGGGCAACCGUUGUGAGCUGGUCGAGGCAUGUGCAGCGUGCGAAUCGGGGGAGAGCUGUGUGGAGCUGGCCAAUGGCUUCCAGUGUGGCUGCCUGGACGAAGGCUUGUGUGCUUUCGAAGGCCUGCCUCUUGCCUGGCCCUUAGGGGGCGCUGCUGUACUGCUCCUGCUUCUCCUGCUGCUGGCAUUUGUGUGCUGCUGUCGGCAGUGCUGUCGCCACCAUCGUGCUAACCACCAGUGCAGCAACACUGCGACUGCCAAGAAUUAUGUUCUGGCUACAGCCAACAUCAGGCCAAAGAUGAGCAACUUGGAGCAGCGGCCAGCCUCCUACACCACGCGAGAGGCCACCCUGAACAAUUUCGACACGGUGCGAAGCUAUGGGAGUGCGGCUGAUGACCUCGAGUCACGUUACCAGCCCAAUGACCUGCGCUGCCAUACUCCAUCAGGCAGUGCUCCAACAAAGGGUCUCUACCUGGACAAGAUUCCUAAUGACUUGAAGGCAGCCCUCUCUCCACCUCUGGCACCCCAAAGCUCAGCCACUAGCAUCGCGUCGGAUCUCCCAGGCUACUGCUGGGACUACUCCGACCUGGCAGCACAUGCUGAAGAAGAAGAUGUGUCUAGUGGUGAUGAAGCAGCUGGCAGCCAUGAAGGCUCGGACUGUUCUGAAGACACGGCCCUGCAGGACGAGCGAUACACGUGCCACCCUGACCAGUACCUGCCACGACACAGUGAGCCAGCAGUGUGUGCCAUUGAGGACAGUGAUGAGGAAGCCUGACCGUGCCAGAAUUACUGCCAUGUGACAUUGCUUCAAGACUGUGCCUUGUGUGUUGUCCUUAUAAUAAAUACAUCUAGCCA